CUACACAUAGAGGAUUCACACUGGUGUCUUAGAAAGAGACGUACGAGAGGGAAAAGAGACGUCUGCAACGACAUUCAAGUUGAAAGAUUGUGGGGAAAAAGAGCUGCAAGGAUGAUACCUGCAUCAGCAAACUGUGCCUUACCCGUGGCAGCUGUCGUGACUCUGCUGGCCUGUGUGUUGCUACAGGGGGCUCAGGCAGGAGUGGUGGGGGACUUUAACCAUGUGGAACGCUGUAAGGACUCUCUGUACAUGGGGACUCCACCUCGAGGCUACCUUGGCAACUCCUUUAAGAAGAUCUGCCAGAGGUACGAGGACAAACCGCGCUACGUCACUCUCUACGACCCCCACAAACACAUCCCCAUCUAUUCUGCCUACACAUUCAAGAAGUCAGACGGCGAGAAGAAGGUGGACUUCCCUUGGAUGUUUGAGCCCCAAUUAGCCUCAGAAAAAGCCAGCAGUAACAUGGAGCCAUUCCCACAAUCUUCAAGCAUGCACAUGAACUUUGAGGACACCCAAGCAGUCCUAGAGGACUAUGCCGACGUGGUUCAGUACGAACGAGGACAACUAAAUCCUGACGAGCAUCAGGCCGACCCUCUGGACAAAGCCUCCACCUACAGCUUGACGAAUGUGGUACCUCAGACCAGGGAGUUCAACUUGGGUCCCUGGGCAGAACACCAGGACCUUAUCCGCAAACGCCUCAACAACUAUUGCCGCGGCAAAGCCUUUGUGGUCACUGGGGUCACCACCUCCGGGCACACCAUCCGUCGCAACAACCUGGAGCGCGUGGCUGUACCCGAAUACAUGUGGUCGGCCUACUGCUGUACAGAGUUUGACCAAAAUGCACCAUACUUUGUGCGCUACAAGUUCCCUGUGUUUGCAGCUUAUGGGCUGAACGAUCGUGUCAACAACCACAUGGUGGAGGUUCCUCUCAAGAACCUAGAGAAGUUCCUAAAGGGGAGGAUGGAUGUGGACAAGAACUUCCAGAUUUUCUAUAAUGACUGUGUGCCAGAUAAUUAAAAUAAAAUGGGUGUGAGCUCUCAUACAACUAAAAAUGAGAGUGAAUAAGAAAUUUAGUACUAGACUAUAGAAAUUUUUAGAAAGAAGAGAAUUAUUAU